GUUUAGAGGGAGUCCGCUGCAACAUUGGGGGUGAAAAAGCAGAAUAGGCGCAUGUGUAUAUGCAUUCCAGAAUAAAGCAUAGUAACUCCUUUUUCUUUUGAGUGAACGCUUGUGGCUGUGUAUGAGGGCGUGUAUGUUCUUAUGAGCGAAGAAGAGAGAAUGUGUGUCUGUUGCUGAAGGAGCCGCUGCUGGGAGUGAUAGCUCUUUUGCUUUAGUACUUGUGCGGACAGGAGAGCUGGAAGUAGUUGUUUUGUGGAACUCUCAGAAAAUGGCAAACUGCACCGUAUCCUUCGAAUCAUCCCACUAAGUGACAAUGGCCGAGGCUAUCUGCUGUACCUUGGUGAACUGUAGCUGUGACAACUUUAAGUCCGGGAAGCUGAAAAGGAGGCAGUGUGAAAACUGCAAACAUGGCUGGGUAGCACAUGCCCUGAGCAAGCUGAAGGUGCACCACAUGUUCCAGAGCAGCCAGGUGGAGAUCGUGCACUCCAAUGUGGUGUUCGAUAUCUGCAGCCUGAUGCUGUACGGCACUGAAGCCAUCCCAAUCCGGCUCAAAAUCCUCCUAGACCGUCUUUUCUCUGUCCUCAAACAGGAGGAGGUCAUUCAGAUCCUCAGUGCACUGGACUGGACAUUCCAGGACUACAUUAGAGGAUAUGUGCUCCAGGAUGUUGCUGGCAAGGUGUUGGACCGGUGGGCCAUCAUGACCUUUGAGGAGGAGAUUGCAACACUGCAGCAGUUUUUGCGUUUUGGUGAAACCAAAUCAAUUGUGGAGCUUAUGGUUUUACAGGACAAUGAGGGGCAGGCAGUGUUGGUUCCAAGCACACGCACAAACUCAGAUAUCCGCACCUUUAUUGAGCGGAACACUCCUCGCUCCCCUGCCAAUCUCUCCACAACUAAAGUUGAAAAGAUUAGUGGCAACAGCAUGCAUCACUUUGAGGACUUUAUCAAUAGCAUGGCCUUCAUGCUUCCAUUCCAAAUGUUAGGCUCUGUGCCUGCACCUGUUUUAGGCUCUCCACUGGGGGCAAUGCAACAUCAACACCAGCAAUACCAACUGCACCAGCAACCACAUGGUACUUCAGUUGAGCAGCAGAUUCAGACGAAAGAUGAAGUGGGGGACAAUCUUGGUAGAGACAACCCCCUGUAUCUUUCACAUCCAUCAGAGAGCAGCCUGCUAGGUUCCAGCUCUAUCUCAUACACAUCUGAUUUGGACCAAACUGGAGAAAGAACAAUAGACACAUACUCCACAACCGCAAAGAUUGAGGCUGAGGAUUUCACCAACAGUGACAACUACUCAGAUGGAUCAUCCACACCAUGCACGCCAUCAAUGACGUCUGAUGUCCCACAGAUUUCACCUGAGGGAAAGCUGCGCUCUCUGGACAGUAAUGGACGCCACACUGGAGGGGUCUUAGGGGGUGGAGGCUCUGUGAAGAAGGGUCGUGUAUUUUGUAAUGCUUGUGAGAAAACAUUUUAUGACAAAGGCACACUGAAAAUUCAUUAUAAUGCAGUUCACCUAAAGAUUAAACACAAGUGUACCAUUGAAGGCUGCAACAUGGUGUUCAGCUCGCUGCGCAGUCGCAAUCGGCACAGUGCCAACCCAAACCCACGGCUACACAUGCCCAUGAACCGAAACAACAGAGACAAAGAUUUACGGGGAAGCUUGUCUGCUGAUGAAUGUUUACAAGGAGAAAAGAGAGCUGACUAUAGCAAUAACAUUUCCAUCUCUUCCUCAGAAAGCUGUAAGUCACCACCCAGCUAUGUGGUGAGCCAUGUAGACUCUGUUCCUAAGCUCCACAGCAGUUCCUUUUCCAGCAUGGGCCAGACUGGCAUCCUCUUCCCUAACUUGAAAACAGUACAGCCAGUCUUGCCUUUCUACCGAAGUCUGGUAACCCCAGAAGAACUUGCCAACACCCCAGGGACAUUACCUUCUCUUCCAAUUUUAUCGUCUUCUGUAUCUGUUAAACCCAUCUCAGCACCUGAACCCUGUAUGGCAGAUGUUAUACCAAAGAAAAAAUCCCGGAAGUCAAGUAUGCCGAUAAAAAUAGAGAAGGAGAUAAUAGAGCAGGAUGAGCACAUGGGUAAGGGAAGCAACUCUGAGAAGGAGGUUCCCCUGCGGUGUAGAAACAAAGAUGAGUGUGAUUGUAACCAAGAAGAACAGCAUAUGUGUAAUAAAAAGCCUGACAAACAGACGGAGGCAAGAGAGGAUUUUGCUGACAAAGAAAAGGAAAGGUCCUUUGCUAGAAACUCAAUAGAAAUUAAUGAUAAACCAGACAGACCAGGACAAAAUGAAACAGGGGUCAUCACCAUUUCACCAUACCCAUUAGAAAAGAGGCCCUUGGGUAGCCACAAAACCUCGGUAGGUAAGAAAUCCACUUGCAGUGAAGAAAGAGCUGAUGGGGAACAUUCAGGCUCAUUGCAUACACCCAACAAGAUCCCAGAUCAUAAAUGGAAGGAAGUUAGGCACAUGUUGACUAAUGGGGUUGGUCUCCUGUUAAAUGAGAAGGAAGGGGUUGAAAGAUGUACAGAAGAUUAUGGGGUCUCAGGGUUGUCCCACCUUGAACCUAAUGCUAACCUGCCACACCACUGUGAGAUCUGCAGUAAGACCUUUAAAAAUCCUUACAGUGUCAAGAUGCACUACCAAAACAUCCACUUGAAGGAGAUGCACAUGUGCACAAUGGAUGGCUGCAAUGCUGCCUUCCCAUCCCGCAGAAGUCGAGACAGACACAGUGCAAAUUUGAACCUGCAUCACAAGCUGCUGAUCAAAGACUCACUCAGCCUGGACGCCCUCCCCUUCUCACCCUCAUCACAUUGCAGAGACAGAGACUCUGAUGGUCAGGAGCCUUGUCAAAACCAACAGGACUUGUUGCAUCAAGACCCAACCUGUCAGACCUCUGUCAUCACCCAAGAACACAACUGCAUGGGACUGGGGUUUACUAUGAGCAAAGCACCUGCUGCGCUUACCAGUGGUGAGACAUCCCCUAUACCAGAGUUGGAGGGACUUGGAGAAGGAGAUGGUGGUGGAAAUGGGAAUGAUGAGACAGUCCUUGACCUGAGCACCUCAACCUCUGUUCUAUUCAGUGGCAGUGGUAGCGCUAAGUCUUCCUGGGACUCAGAUGGAGCUGAGAGUGAUGAAGGGGAGGCAGGUGAAGCGGAUGAGGAGGUACUCCCCAUAGAGGAAAGUGAUGAAAGCUGUGAUGGGAUGGGUGUGGGGAGGUCAGAGGGUGAUGAGUUGGCAUUUGGGGGACACAGGAAUCUAGACUGUAGCAGGAGCGGAAAAAACAGACUUCAUGGGGGGGGUUCUCCGAUUACAUGCCACAUCUGCCAAAAAGUGUACAGCAACAAAGGUACAUUCAGAGCUCAUUACAAGACUGUCCAUCUGCGACUGCUUCAUAAAUGUAAGGUCCCUGGUUGUGACACAUCCUUCUCCUCUGUACGUAGCAGAAACAGACACAGUCAGAACCCAAACCUGCACAAGAAUCUAUGUGUUAACUCAGGGGCCAUAGUCCAAUAGGAGUAAAAAUCAGAGCUCAAAUGGCAGCAAACUGGUGAUCUUUCUUUUAAUUUUAUGGGGAGGGGGGACAGAGUGAAGGCUCACUAAAUAGCACUUUUUAAAUAUUAACAUCACAAUUCACCAAAAUACUGUACAUUUGGAAAACGAAAAAUUUGGUGAAAAUAAUAUUCAGUUAGGAAUUCAUUUGUUGUGUAAAAUGAAAAUAGAUAUACAUUCCUGCCAUUGUUUACUCAUCAAGCAAAGUAUAAUCAGUGUCUAUAAAGAAUCGUCUGCAUUAGCAUUUGUAGUCUUGUUGUUAAGUGGAACUGAUCUCUCUUACUGUAUUCUUUUAUCCUGAUGUUCCAGUUGAGAGCAUUAAAAAAUGUUUUCUGUGCUGCAUUGUCCCACUUGUUCUCCCCAUGAUAGCUGAAUCAGGAAACUCUAUUACUGAAGGGAAUUGUUUUGCUAUAAAUUUAUUAAAAUUGUUCUUUGGUAGCUCACACAUGUCAUUUAAUUAAUCAGAAAAGUAUUUCAAACAGUAUUUUAGUUUAAAGGUUCUAGUGUUGUGGGUGUGACCAUAUUUGCUGUUAUCUGAUAGAUCUUUACAGUUCUGUGUUUUAUGCUGCCUACAUCGACCAAAGAUUUUCCUUCUCCUUCAUAAUCUCUUUCAUAUUUUCUGAGGCAUAUGCAGGAUUCAAGGGGCUUCAUUAAUUAAGCCUGAGCACUGAGAGCCUGAUGAAAUUCAAGUGCUCAUUUACUUUGUGAUGAACAACAGUAAUAAAGUGUGCCGAUUGCUGGAGAACAAUAAAAUUAAGAAAGAAAUGUAGAAAAUUGGUACUAGGGUAAACAAUCCUCUCUGUUUCCGUGGCAUGCUUGUGAGGAAAUCUACUCCUUGGACUGUUUUAAGCAGAGGUGUGGCUCUUGUAUAGUUUGUGUUUCACAGUAAGCUGACUGAGUGGACAAUCUGCAACAAAAUGCUGGGUCUAGAGGCAAGAAGCAUGUACUGUGAAGUCGAACACUGAACACUGAAAAUAAAUAUGGGGAAAAUACAAUUCAUCACUGGCCCCACUCACCCUAUAAAUAAAUGGAACUGAUGAAUAAAACAUUUACUAAGUUGGAUAUUCUGCGAAUAGAGUAACUUUUUGUCUCAAGAAAUCAAAAUAUAUACUGCAUUAUCAAGGAACAGUGUUGUUCGGAUAAUUCCACAAUAGUUUUGCUCUGUUUCACACAUUUUUGUAUUCUGUAUUUAAAUUCAAAGGACCAGAUUGAGAUACCAUUCUUUUCUUUACAGGGAUUUGUUUAAAAAUGAGAGAGCAAAACUGAUAGUUGUUACCAGUACACAGUUAAAUAAAAAGCCAUAUGUUUGGAGGAUUCA